AUGACAUUUACAAACACCACAAAUAUAAAAUACUUCAUUAUCAUGGGAUUCCCUGGACUUCCACCUGCCUAUCACGGACUGGUGUCUGUUCUUCUCCUCCUCCUCUUCCUCGCUAUUGUGGUCGGCAACACCUUCAUCUUAACAGUUAUCGUGUACGAGCGGACUCUUCACAAGCCAACAUACUGGAUCUUCUUUCAUGUUGCAAUGACUGACAUCGCAUUUGCAGCUGUGACGCUGCCAAAAAUCAUCGGCAGGUAUUGGUGGAAUGACAUGAUAUCGUCAUUUGGAACCUGCUUUACACAAAUGUACUUUGUUCAUUCUUUGGGGGCCGUUCACUCCUUCCUUCUGCUGAUCAUGGCUCUGGAUCGUUUUGUUGCCAUAUGGUUUCCUUUCCGAUAUCCUGCUGUGGUGACAAACACAACCAUUUGUAUUGCCUGUGUCCUGUGCUGGGUUUUAUCAUUCAUAUGUAUGAUGGGGGUCGUGCUCCACGCUCUAACUCUGCCCUACUGCAACCUGAACGUCAUCAUGCAGUGCUACUGUGACCACAUCUCCAUAACUCGGCUGGGAUGUGGCGAAGGCGUUGCCUAUGUUAUUGAGGUUGCCCUCGCAAAUGCCUUGUUCACUCUCCUGGUUCCUUUAGCGUUCAUCAUUUUCUCGUACUUUUCAAUCAUCGUCGCCGCUCUGAAAAUGUCUCAGGCCGAGCGGAGCCUCAAGGUCAUGUCCACCUGUGCUCCUCAGAUCUUCACCACGUGUCUGUACUACGUGCCGAGAUGCUUCGUCUAUCUCUCUUACAACUUAGGAUUCACGUUUAGCGCUCAGGCUCGUGUUGUUAUCACGAUGAUGUACAGCCUCAUACCCGCUGUGGUUAAUCCAGCGAUUUACUGUCUCAAGACGCAGGACAUCAAAAUGGCUUUGACGCAGAGGUUUAGGAGAAGCAGGAUCGCACACAGAACCGACCGUAAAGGCGUUCUCAAGUAA